CAGCGAGAAGUAGGAAGGUGACGCAUUUUUGCUACGUGUCAGGAAGGUCUGAAGUCAACAUGGCGGCUCAGCAGGGUGAUGUUGAUGAACUGUUCGAUGUUAAAAAUGCCUAUUAUAUUGGCAGUUAUCAGCAAUGUAUUAACGAGGCUCAGAAGGUGAAGCCGUCCUCACCAGAGAAGGACACUGAAAGGGACAUGUUUUUGUACAGAGCAUACAUUGCCCAGAGGAAGUAUGCCGUUGUUCUGGAUGACAUCAAGAGCAACUCUUCACCCGAGCUUCAGGCUGUCAGGAUGUUUGCUGAGUAUCUGUCUAAUGAAGGCAAAAGGGAUGCUAUUGUUGCUGAUCUAGACAAGAAGAUGGUGAAGAGUGUGGAUGCUGCCAACACCACCUUCCUUCUCAUGGCUGCCUCCAUCUACUAUCAUGAGAUGAACACUGAUGCUGCUCUCAGGACUCUGCAUCAAGGAGAAAGCCUGGAGUGCAUGGCGAUGACUAUUCAGGUGUUGCUGAGUCUGGAUCGCGUUGACCUGGCGAGGAAGGAGCUGAAGAAGAUGCAAGAGCAAGAUGAGGAUUCAACUCUAACCCAGCUGGCCACAGCCUGGGUUAAUAUUGCUGUGGGUGGAGAGAAGCUGCAGGAUGCCUACUACAUUUUUCAGGAGAUGUCAGACAAGUACUCAUCUACACUGCUGCUCCUCAACGGGCAGGCAGCCUGUUACAUGGCUCAGAACAAGUGGGAGGAGGCUGAGGGAGUGCUGCAGGAGGCACUCGACAAGGACAGCAGUCACCCUGAGACGUUAAUCAACCUCAUAGUGCUGACGCAGCACCUGGGCAAAGCUCCCGAGGUAACCAGUCGGUACCUCUCUCAGCUGAAAGAUGCACACAGAGCCCAUCCAUUCCUCAAGGACUAUUUAGCCAAGGAGAAUGAAUUUGACAGACUAGUGAUGCAGUACGCUCCCACCGCAACAGCAUAACACUGCAACAUUUGCAGACACAUCUCAGCAGUGGACUCCAUUAUAACACCAUGAAAUGUCAACAGUCUCUUUCUCUCUUUAAUACUUUAAAACCUAUAUUUGUUUGAAUAUUUUUACUUUUUUUUUUAUUUAAACCAGACCAGUAGUCCUCAUUUCCCAUGGAUGCAGAUUAAACAUGUCUGGGUUCAUGUCCAUGCUUUAUAAAUUUGCAUUUCUCCUAUGGAAAUCAACACAUCCGGUUUAAGAAAGCAUUCCUUUGAAAUUAUAAUAAAUGUUUAAUACCUGU